GGUGCAGAUGGCGCCCAAGGGUCGCAGAGGCGUCUUGGUGACGUCCUCCAAGCAGAAGAAGGUUUUCCUGGAGGAAGAUGACGAGAAGCUCCAAUCCCAGAGAGAGUGGGAAGACUUGGAACGCGAAGCGAAAGAAAUCGUCCGUCUGCGCCUGGCUUCAGAGUCGGGAAGGCCAUCGGCUGCCUAUGAUGAUGUGGCGGAGGCAAAUGCCGAGGUCAUCGAUAAGACGGUGGAUGGAGAAGUUAGCACAGCAGCAUCAGCAGCUGAGAAGAAGGAAGACUCAGACUCGGAGAGUGAAGACAAGGAGUCGGUGGCCGUUGCUCCAAUCGCCUCCGACGCCGGGACCUCCAUGCCCGAGACGCGCGGGAAGAGGAAACGCGCGGGGAAGAAGAAGUCGGGCGCGCAGAAGAAGCGGGAGAAGAUGUCGCGAGAGGAAGGUGGUGACCCUCGACGACAGAAGGAGGAGGAUGAUGAUCGAUGGCUGAAGUUGCGCCUGGCGGGAGAAGAGAAGCCUCGAAGGAUCGAUGCCAAUCGCAUCGUCUCCUACUACGACUUUGAUGGCCGCGGCAAUCCCAUCCGAAAGCCCAUCGGCUCGGUGGAGACGGCGGAAGAUGAGGAGGAUUUCAUUCCUGGGGAUCGCGUGACGACUUCUUCUGGUGGCAACUUCAGAGGCCAGUUGAGCCAAGACCUUUGGGCUGCGGAUAGCGACGAGAGCGAAUAGACAAGAGGUCC